GGGGGGAAAAAAUCAGGGGCUCGUUCCUCGCUGUGAGGGAAGAUAUCCCGUGCUCUCGCCGUCGCCGACCUACCACUCCCGGUCCCGGAGGAGAGAGAGGGCGGGGGCAAGGGGAUGGCAAAGCGCCGUCAUCACGCGUUGGCGCCGGUGGUGGAGGAGCUGAUCUCGCCGAUGAACAGCCUGGACGACGGCUGCCUCAUGCACAUCUUCAGCUUCCUUAGCCCAAUCCCAGAUAGGUAUAACACCGCCCUCGUUUGCCACAGAUGGCGCUUCCUUGCAUGCCACCCUCGGCUAUGGCUGCGUGUCGAGAGGCCAAUCAGAGAUGUGAUGGAGCCUGGAGUUUAUCCAAAUCUUGAGGCCGCCGUUUCUGCUGCUAGGCCUGGUGACACCAUUCUUAUUGCGGCUGGUGGUUCCCAUGUUGCGUGUAACAUCCAAAUAAAGAAGCCUAUUUGCAUAAUUGGUGGGGGUGAUCUUCCUGAUGACACUGUACUAACCUGCUCACGUGGCUUCGACAAUGCAUUGGAGUUCCUAUCAACAUGCAAGAUUGCAAACUUGACUAUUAGAGCAGAACUUGGAUGCUGCUUGCUGCACCGAAGCGGUAAAUUGACCAUUCAGGAGUGUUUGCUGCAGUGUGAGCAAAACCCUUUGGACUAUCUGUCAUUUCCAAUAAUCAGCACAGCGAUAGAGUACAAUUCAUUUCCAUCCCUCAAGGAGCAAGGGCAUGGUGUAACUGUUGUUCGCACCCGGAUUGAAGGGGGUGCGAAGGCUGUCAGGACGAACGGAACACUCGCGCUGCAGCGCGUGCGGGCCAUCUAUUCCCGUAGCUCUGUUUUCUUCUGGUUUGAGGUAGGAGAAAAGUAGAACCGUCUGUACACUAGCAAUAAACUCUCGUGUUCUUGUAUCUCAGUAUCUGUAUCACCCUAGCCGCCUAGCGUUUGGUAAAUUCAGAUGGCUGUCUCCUGUUUGUUGUAACCUUAUAAUAACUCACUGUUGUUUGAAUCAACAAUGAAAUUCUUCUUUUUGAAGUUGAGACUUCAAAUGUUUGUAGCGUACA